AUGGACAACAUAGUUGAAUCCUUGAACAGCGCAUAUCAAGAGAUCAUAUUGGCAGCCGCCAGCACCUUAGAGGCAAAAGAAACUUCCGGCGGGCAGAAGACUCCGGCCACCGAUGCUGUCCUCGAAAACUUCAAGCAACGUUGGGAGCUGUUUCGAGUUGCGUGUGAUCAAGCCAAGGAAUUUGUCGAGUCCGUCAAGCAGAGAAUAGGGUCUGAGUGUCUUGUCGACGAGGCCACGAGCCCUAUCACUUCACUAAUAAGCUGGGCCAGCCCAGCUCGAGUGGUCUCCCGCCCAUUAGUGUCGUCCGUUUGGAGCAGAUUAGCAAAGCCGUUAGGUGUCUGGUGA